AAAAUCCCGGGGAAAAUGUCGUGAAGUGCAUUCAGUGGGGACUGUGGUGGAGACAGUGACCGGGUCUGGCUCCUUGCACUUAUAUGCUCCGUUCCCCAAUAGCCGUCUCCCCCUCCUGCUCCAUGUGGGGCCUGGGCCGGGCUCUCGGCUUCUUUUCUUCCUCUUUCUCUUCCUUCUCCUAUUAUGGCCCGGAAAACAGUUAGCAGGAAGCGGAAAGCGGCGGCGGCUGCUGCCGCCGGGGGGCUCCAGGGGGAGCAGUAUGGGUGGGAUCACUCAGUUCACAAAAGGAAAAGACUCCCCCUGGUGAAAAGGUCUCUGGUGUACUACCUGAAAGGUAGAGAGGUCAGGAUGCAGAAUGAGUCCAGCUAUCACCGCUUGUUGCACGGAUAUGCAGCCCAGCAACUUCCCAGCCUCCUGAAGGAGAGAGAAUUUCACCUCGGAACCCUUAAUAAAGUGUUUGCCUCCCAGUGGCUGAACCACCGACAAGUGGUGUGUGGGACAAAAUGCAAUACAUUAUUUGUAGUAGAUGUCCAGACUGGUCAAAUUACCAAGAUUCCUAUUCUGAAAGAUCGUGAACCCAGCAUGGUGAACCAGCAGGGAUGUGGUAUUCAUGCCAUUGAGCUCAACCCCUCAAGGACCCUUCUGGCCACAGGUGGAGACAACCCCAACAGUCUUGCAAUUUAUCGUCUGCCUACACUUGAUCCUGUCUGUGUGGGAGAUGAUGGACAUAAGGACUGGAUAUUUUCAAUUGCAUGGAUCAGUGAUACUAUGGCUGUUUCUGGUUCCCGGGAUGGUUCGAUGGGUCUCUGGGAAGUCACAGAGGAUGUGUUGUCCAAAAGCGAUACCAGGCAUAAUCUCUCUCAAGUUCCUGUCUAUGCCCACAUAACACACAGGGCUCUGAAGGAUAUCCCCAAGGAGAACACCAAUCCUGACAACUGCAAAGUCCGAGCAUUGGCUUUCAACAAUAAGAACAAGGAACUGGGAGCUGUGUCCCUAGAUGGGUAUUUUCAUCUUUGGAAAGCAGAGCACACGUUAUCAAAGUUACUUUCCACAAAGUUGCCAUACUGCAGGGAGAAUGUGUGUUUGGCUUAUGGUCAGGAGUGGUCAGUGUAUGCAGUAGGAUCACAGGCACAUGUCUCCUUUCUGGAUCCCAGGCAGCCUUCUCACAAUGUUAAAUCCGUCUGUUCCAAAGAACGAGGCAGUGGUAUUCGAUCAGUGAGCUUCUAUGAGCACAUCAUCACAGUGGGAACGGGGCAAGGUUCCUUAUUGUUUUACGAUAUCAGAGCCCAGAGGUUCCUGGAUGAAAAGCCCCCACGUGUCUGCUAUGGACAGAAGCAGAAAUUAGGAGGAAGUGAAAUUUUGAAGUUGACUACUGGGAAAGGCUGGCUGAAUCAUGAUGAAACCUGGAGGAAUUAUUUUUCUGACAUAAAUUUCUUCCCAAAUGCUGUUUACACCCACUGCUACGACUUGUCUGGAACGAAACUCUUUGUGGCAGGAGGCCCCCUUCCAUCAGGACUUCAUGGGAAUUAUGCUGGUCUCUGGAGCUAAUGAUAACUUUAUAAAUGCUGAUCUUUACACAGAUUUCCACUUUUCUUUCCCUUUUUUAAACAACAAAAUUCUGCGAUGCUAUUGAUUUCAGAUUUAAAUGCAAGUUAUUUUUUGGUAGAGUUUUCUGUUGGUCUCCAACAGUCUUGUACAUCUUUUUGAACCAGUUUUUUGCUUUAACCUCCUUGAUCCUUUUAUAUGAAGGGUUUUUGAAAUCCCUUUUUUAUUGUAUUUACUCCAAAUGACUCUUCCCCCACAUUUAGGCUAUCUUGGCCACGUGCCCCCUCCCCUACUUUGCUGUGAGGUAGGAUUCCUUUCUUAUAGAGUGGUUGCUCCCGAGCUUUCUGUGAAAGUCUAGGGGCUGUGUGUCUGCAGAUACUUUGUCAAUUACAUUACCUAGAGGACUACUUGUAAUUAAAAAAUAUUAAAAAUAUUUAUAAGAGAUAAGCUACUACUUUAUCUGCAGAGCCUGGCCCUGGCCUGGGUUAAUCUUAUUUUUUAAAAGUACAAGUCUAAUGACACUGUUUAUACAUAGAGGAAUACGGUAAUUUUAAGCUGUACUCAUUGGAGCCCAGGGGCAGAUUCCCCAGGAGUAUUGCCCAUCAAGCCCAAACUGCAGAAGUGCAGGAGUUCUCAAAAGUACAUUUGUAUUUGAAUUGUAGUUUUCAGCAGUGCCAGGAGCAAAAAUGGAUCUCUGUUCCUUCUCUGCCUAUCCCAUGUAUCAGCUUGCACAACUGAAGUUUGGGUAGGCUGUUCUGCAGCAUGGCUAUUGCAGGGUGACAUUACAUUGAGGGCCUGCAGAGGUACUGAGAAGAAAUGGGGGCUAGGGGCAUGAGUGUUCUUGUCAUUCAAAAUGAACUAAAUCUAUGUAUUUUCCAGAUGAGCCAAGGUUCCUUAGUAUGCUGCUGUGGUAGCUCAUAGGUUCUUCAUAAACUGCCUAAAACCCAGGACCUUUUUUUGUCCCAGGUUGUGGAAACUCUUCCCAUUUUAGCUGUUCUGGUUGGCCAUCUCCUCUAAUAAGCCAAUGGAAUAAACUGGGGUUUUUUUCUCCAAGGUUAAAGAGUGCAUCUCGAACUUGGCUAAUGCAAGCUAGAAGCUUUCCAUGUAGCAAGAUAACUUGCUGUUAGCUCACAUUGUGCUAGCAUCUGCUGUCAUCCUGCUUGCUAUAGGAGAUGCUCAGUCUUUCCCCAGAUCCCCUGCUGCCUUCUGCAUUCAAACUCCCUCAAACUUCAUGUGGGACUGGGUGGGGAGAAUAGGUCCAGCUGUGAAGCAUGUGCAUUCCAGGGUGAUGGUCUGUUGUGGUUUAAGCCCAGCCAGCAACAAAGCACCACAAGGCCACUUGCUCACUCCCUCCCCCCAGUAGGAUGGGGAGGAGAAAAUAUAAAGAAAAGCUCUUGGGUUGA